AUGGACGCCCAAGGCCACCCUCUCGGCGAGAUCGUUAAGCCAGAGCCUGAUUAUGGCUUUGAGGUGCCUCACCAGAAGGUCGACUUGGAGAUCGACUUCUCGACCCAGAGCUUGACGGGCCGCUGCGAGAUCGUAAUCAGGCCGUUGCGGGGUGACCUCACGGAGGUCAGGUUGGAUGCCCGCCAGUGUGUUAUUGAGUCGGGUCAGGUCACGGUGAACGGAGUAGCGGCAGAGUUUGAGUACAGGGACCCGAUGAAGUCUAUGGACAUCUCUGAGAGCAUCCUCUGGGGGGUACACCAGGCCGACCUGCAGAAAGAUAAACUCAAGCCGAUGAUUGGAGACACGAGAUCGAAGGGCCCCUUGAUUGUCAAUCUUCCAUUUGGCUGUGUCCGGCUGGAGGAAGUACCGCUAGACGCUCUUCCUGAGACGGGAGUAACUCCACUGGCACUCCGAGCUGUUGGCUCUUCUGGGAUCCGAACCGCGUCCGUUACCCUCGAUACGCCUCUCUCGGCCUUUCCAAAGGGAACGGUUGAUAUGAGUCCGAGAUACGAGGCUUUGACCAUCGUCAUCAAUUUCGCCAUUCACCAUUUCAGAGACGGUCUGCAUUUUGUAGGCCUGACCGAGGGUGAUGCACGCUAUCCGCAUGUCUACACGAGGCAUUCUAUGGAUCCAGGCACUGCUUCUUGCAUCUUCCCUUGUGUCGAUGACUCGAGCAUGCGGUCGAUCUGGGAAGUCUCUAUCAAAUGCUCAAGAACCUUGGGGGAUGCACUCAAGCGCCGUCCAGUACCCGCGCUUCGGGGCCACAAAAACCAUUCUGUUAAGAAGGCCUUAACGAACGGCGUACUCGAGGAUUACGAGGUUCCCCUCAGCGACGAGGAGAAGCUUUUGGAGCUGGUUGUGGUAUGCACAGGUGAACUUACUAGCGAGACUACGGAUCUGGAAGACAGCUCGAAGAAGAUUAUAACCUUCAGUGGCUCAAACCUUCUGGCCGCUCGCCACAUCGGAUUUGCGAUUGGUCCCUUUGAACAGGUUGACUUGUCUCAGUUCCGGGAGGUGGAAGACGACGAGAAGCUUGGUCAAGGACAAACCAUCCCCAUCUACGCAUACUGUCUCCCAGGCCGGGCUGACGAGGUUCGAAAUACAUGUGCUCCUCUGACGCACGCAUUCGAUUACAUCCUCAUGAAUUUUGGCGGGUAUGCAUAUCAAGAAUGCCGAUUUGUCUUUGUCGACGACCAGAUCCAAGACACCGAACACGCCGCAUCCUUAUCUAUCUGCAGUACUCGCCUGCUCUUCGCCGAAGGUAUCAUCGACCCCGAAAUCGAGAAUAUUAGAAUACUUGUCCAUGCCAUAGCUACGCAAUGGUUUGGUGUCAAUAUUGUUCCCAGCCAGCCUUCGGAUAGAUGGGUCACGAUCGGUCUGUCUCACUUCAUCACUGGGCUCUUCAUGAAGACUCUGUGUGGGAAUAACGACUACGCAUUUCGGCAGAAGACGCUGUCGGACAAAUUGGUCGAGCAAGAUUUCCAGAGACCCUCCCUUCAUGCUCUUGGAGAAAUCCUCGGCCUAGGCUCCUUCCAGUACGAGUUCAUGAAGUUGAAGGCGCCACUCGUCAUGUUCAUCCUGGAUAAGCGGCUGGUUAAAGCUUCUGGCUCUGCGGGUCUCGUGCGAAUUAUCAGCAAGAUGGUCAUGAUAGCCAAUACCGGAGAUGCGAAAGAAAGCUUUGUUUCAACGGAAGGCUUCAGAAAAUCUUGCGAGAAGGUCACCAAAUACCGACAGACGGACAGUUUCUGGAAGGAAUGGGUCUACGGCUCUGGGUGCCCACGGUUAUCAAUUACACAGAAAUUUAACAAGAAACGUCUAUGCGUCGAGUUGACUAUCAGUCAGAAGCAAGACACUCUCCCUACCCAAAGAGAAAUGCAGAAGGACUCUUUUCUAAGAGAACUCAAGGAAGUGGUUCAUGAUAUCUACUCUCUCCCGGUUCAACCAGUAUUUACUGGCCCCAUGACGAUCAGAAUCCAUGAGGCCGACGGUACACCAUACGAACACAUUGUUGAGAUUCGGGAACUACACUCUAAGAUCGAGAUCCCCUACAACACCAAAUACAAGCGCUUGAAGCGAACCCGGAAACAAAAGGAGCAACAGAACGCCAUGGCUAAUGCCGAUCCGAACGCGGAAGGUGGCGAGGACACUCUUAUCUACUGCCUCGGAGAUACUAUUCAAGGUCCGGAUAUGGAAGAAUGGGGUGUGAUCGAAUGGGACGCCGAGAACCUCGCAAAGAUGGAGCUGGAGUCCUACGAAUGGAUCCGUGUUGACGCAGACUUCGAAUGGAUUUGCGAGAAGCAAUUCUCACAAAUGCCUGCGUACAUGUACGUGUCGCAGCUGCAGCAGGACCGAGACGUUGUUGCUCAGCAAGAUUCAAUGCUCUAUCUCAAGAAUAUGCAGGCUCACAAGCUUGUGGCAACUUUCCUCACAAGAACUCUCAUGGACACACGCUAUUUCCAUGGCAUUCGUUCCAUGGCAGCCGAAGCACUUAACAUUCAUGCAAGCCCCGCAGUCCAGUGGGUUGGCAUGAAGCAACUCGAAAAGGCAUAUGUGGAAUUCUACGCUUAUGCUAAAGACAAGACGCCUCGGCCCAAUGACUUCAGCGACAAGAGAGCCUACACAGUUGAGAUGUCUAUCAUAAAGUCUCUAGCCAAGAUUCGCGAUAGUAACGGCAACUGUCCGAAGCAAAGCCGUCUAUUCCUCAUGGACAUCUUGCGAUUCAACGAUAAUUCAAACAAUCAAUUCUCCGAUAACUUUAAGAUCGCUACCUUGCUCUCUGCUCUCGCAGACUCGCUCAUUCCACUGGAGGAUGCGGACAACCUUGAUAUCUACGAUGACGAGGAAGACAUGGAACCUGUCGAAUUCAAGAAGCAGGUUCUUGAAGAACUCGAUCGGUACGCUCGCAUGGACGAGUGGAUCAAUUCCUACCAGAACUGUUUCACGGUUACGGUCUUGGACUGCAAGCAACGUCUCAUGCAGGCUAAAGUCAUACCCACGGACGCAGUGGAGUUCGUGCAAUACCUCCACGAUGGCACCUCUGAAUUCGUUCGGAUCAAGGCGUUUAGAUCACUGAUUGAUUUGGGGUUUCUCACGAACAAUGCGGUCGCUUCACUACUACUAAACGUCGCCAGUACGGACCCCUCCCCAUACACCAGAAGGAAACUCUUUGAGAUCUUUUGCUUGGGUAUUGCCUCUAUUGCCUUCGGCGAGGAUCGAAAAUCCGACCCUGUUUCGGACAAAACAGACGAGACUGCAGCGAAUGAGGACCGGGAUGUUUUGAUGAAUGAUGCUCCACCUGUCGAAGAUGGGAACCUGCUUGUAGAGCAGGACGCGACUGCUGUUGCCGAUGCUCGCGCGGCUCUUAUUGCACGCACCAAGACAAUAGAGGGAGCUCUGCUUGCCCUGAAGAACGAGUUGAAGAGCAAUGAGGUGCUUAAGGUUGCAAUCUGGAAGGCUGUCAAAUCACCAAACAUCGUUUUGGCUGAACACUUGGAUCUUCUCGACGUCUGCCACGUUAUCUACGAAGCUGUCGAGUCCAUCAUUGUCAAGUUGGAUUACCCACGCUACUGGGGAGUCUCUCACGCUGGCAAGGGUAAACUUACCUUCAAGAAGACUGACAAAGUCCGUACGAAGCCUCGCAAACCCGCUCGAAUUGUCGCUCCAGUGGUUGUAGAGCCGCCAAAGGCUGUCUUCGCACUCCCAGCCGCAAGCCCACAAGCAGUCCAACAACCCAAGCCAGUGAUAAUGAAAUUCUCGACUGUCCAUCAGCAGAACAAGAUUCCACAACAGAGCAAGACUCCAACCAGCAAGACGGCGCCGCCCACCCAAGCGCCGAAGUCAGUUAUAAAGCCAGUAGUAAAGCCAGUUGUAAAGUCAGAGGUGGUGGCGGACGAGUCAAUGAAGCCCCCGCCUUACAAGCCUGCGCAGAAACGAGAGCGCCCUACAGACAACAUCCUUAGCUCGGACGACCGGCCGAGGAAGAAACGAAAGAUUGUCAAAAUGAAGGUCUCGGCUGAGGGAAUGAAGCAGAUCGUGCAGAUCACCAAUUUGCCCCCCACAAACCCAGCACCGGCCCUGGCGCGAGCCAAAUCUUACACAAAGAGCGCUUCGCCAGCACCGAACCGCUCCUCUCCCAAACCCUCUCCUGGACCGAAGUCAUCACCCGCCCAUCGAACCGGACUGCCUUCAGCCCCUGCUGCUCCUAGAACUGGACUCCCUUCGGGCCCUUCGGCUCCUGCCAGAAAUCCGCUGCCUAAUGGCUCAUCGGGCCCGUCAGCAAUCAAGAUCAAGGUGAAGCCCAAACCGAGAGCCAGCCUCCCUUCAAAUCCUCCUUUGUCAAAUCACUCCGCCUCUCCCAGACCAAAUCCUCCGUCACAGUCCACUCCUCCCGCUCCGAAAUCGACACCAGUGUCAAACCAAAAACCACAAGCUCCUGGAUCUCAAAACGGCAAACCGCGGAAGCCCCUCCCAGACGCUGUGCCCCGCUCAUCGCCAGCUCCCGGGGCCAAAAAAUUGGUCAUCAAAAUAAAGAACGGCAAGGCUACACGUCAAUAG